UCAGAUGAGCAGAUGUCGCCAUCAGGACACAAGAUGCAGAUGUUCCACACACACGUGCAUGGUCUGGUCCUCAUGCUACUGCUGGUCUUUCCAACAGGACUUUGUGAACAGAACCAGAGUCGCAGAGCCGUCAGCGAGCACCAGCUGAUGCACGACCGUGGUCACAGCAUCCAGAGCCUGAAGAGACUGAUCUGGCUGUCCAGCGCCAUGGAGGGCCUCCACACUGCUCAGGUCCGCUCAGCCGCCUUGGGCCCCAGAAGGUCCCUCAACUUACUCCUGGAGCCUGACCUGCUUGCUGCUCAGGGCCCUCAAGCCGCUCACCUGCAGAACCUUCUGAGAGACUUCUUGGUUAACCCUUACUUGACGCAAGUGUCAGAGCGGGAGACUUGAACACACACACACACACACACACAAAACUUAAACAUGCAUGUACAUAACACACACACACACACACUCAUACCCAAUUUAAACAUGGCUGUAGAUAACAACACGCGCACGCACGCACACACACACACACACACACACACACACACACACACACACACACACACACACACACACACACACACACAAUUUAAACAUGCAUGUACAAAAUAACACACACACACACCACACACACACACAAUUUAAACAUGCGUGUACAUAACAACACACCCACACACAAACACACGCAAUUUAAACAUGCAUUUACAUACCACACACACACACACACACACACUCACACAAUUUAAUCAUGCAAGUACAUAACACACACAAACACAAUUUAAACAUACACGUACAUAAGAACACACACACAAUUUAAACAUGCAUGUACAUAACACACCCACACACAAUUUAAACAUGCAUGUACAUAACACACACACACACAAUUUAAACAUGCAUGUACAUAACAACACACACAAUUUAAACAUGCAUGUACAUAACACACACACACACAAUUUAAACAUACACGUACAUAACACUCACACACAAUUUAAACAUGCAUGUUCAUAACACACAAUUUAAACAUGCAUGUACAUAACACACACACACAGACACACUUUAAACAAGCAUGUACAUAACAACACACAAACAAUUUAAACAUGCAUGUACAUAACACACACACACACACACUUUAAACAUGCAUGUACAUAACACACACAAACCACUUAAACAUACAUGUACAUAACACACACACACAAUUUAAAUAUGCAUGUACAUAACAACACACACAAACACAAUUUAAACAUGCAUGUACAUAACAACACACACACACAAUUUAAACAUGCAUGUACAUAACAACACACACACACACACACACAAUUUCAACAUGCAUGUGCAUAACAAACACACACAACUUAUACAUGCAUGUACAUAACACACACACACACACACACAAUUGAAUCAUGCAUGUACAUAACAACACACACUCACACAAUGUAAACAUGCAUGUACAUAACAACACACACACACAAUUUAAACAUGCACGUACAUAACAACACACACACAAUUUAAACAUGCAUGUACAUAAUAACACACACACACAAUUUAAACAUGCAUGUACGUAACAACACACACACACAAUUUAAACAUGCAUGUACAUAACACACACACAAUUUAAACAUGCACGUGCAUAACACACACACACACAACUUAAACAUGCAUGUACAUAACACUCAAACAAUAUAAACAUGCAUGUACAUCACACACACACACACAAACACACACACACACACACACACUUUAAACAUGUAUGUACAUAACAACACACACACAACUUAAACAUGCAUGUACAUAACACACACUCAAACCACUUAAACAUACAUGUACAUAACACACACACACACAAUUUAAACAUGCAUGUACAUAACAACACACACACACACA